ACACAUAAACAAACAGCUGUCAAACAACCCCAGCAGUUGACGUGUUCAACUGUCAAAACGUUAAAGAAUUUCCAAAAGAAAAAAAAUUAUCAGCCACAACACCAUGGACGGAUUUAUGAUGGACAUCAUCAAGGGUAUGUGUAUUAUGGACAACGAUGGCAAUCGCAUAUUGGCCAAAUACUAUGACAAAAACAUCUUAGCCACUGUCAAGGAACAGAAAGCCUUCGAAAAGAAUCUCUUCAAUAAGACCCACCGUUCUAAUACCGAAAUUAUUAUGUUAGAUGGUCUAACCUGUGUUUAUAAAUCAAAUGUGGAUUUGUUUUUCUAUGUCAUGGGAAAUGCCUAUGAGAACGAAUUGAUUCUGUUGUCGGUGUUGAAUUGUCUGUAUGACUCUAUCAGUUUGAUAUUGAAGAAAAAUGUGGAGAAACGUUUGGUUUUGGAUAAUUUGGAAAUAAUUAUGUUGGCUUUCGAUGAGAUCUGUGAUGGAGGCAUAAUUUUGGAUGCCGAUCCUUCGUCAGUUGUCAAAAGAGUCGAUUUGCGUAAUGACGACAUUCCCAUUGCCGAACAGACUGUGGCCCAGGUCCUACAAUCGGCUCGUGAACAGUUAAAAUGGUCUAUACUUAAAUGAAAAAAUUGUUACAUUUAUAAAAAAAAAAAACAAACAAGUAUUUCUUUUAAGUUUCUAAUUCAAUCCAUUUUUUAGUAAUAAUACAGUUGUUUUUUGUGUUUGUAAAACAAAAGACAACAGCAAUACAUUCGAUUUUUUAUAUAAAUAUAGAAAAGAAAAAAAGAAAAUAUUCAUGUAAUGUAAUAUUAUUAAAUAAAGUAAAUAUGUAUGUAAAGAUGAAAAUAAAACUAUUAUUUUAAAUAAACUAUAUUACGAACCAAAAACUGUGUGUCACAAUUUCAUAAAAAAAUUAAAUUCUUUAUUCUCUAAAGUCUCUUAAAAUACUUUAAAAAAGGUUAUAUUUAAUUUAAAUUAGCCAUUUAGGUUAUUUUAAACUUCUUUUUUGCUUUCUCAGCUAAUACAUUGUGUCUAUCUACUAAAGUUUUUUAUCUAUACAAACCCCCCAACUACGAUAAUGAUUCUUUUAAAUCACCCCAAUAUUUGUGCUAAUCCUUUAAUAAACUAUUUUUAAACUAAUUGUUUGACAAUUGAUAAUAUUUAGUCACAUGAAUAUUUACAUAAGUUUAAAUCUUAAUUUGGAUUAUAUUCCAAAUCCUCUGUUAUUAAACUAUAAAUAUUUUUUAUGGUGUCUUAACUAAACUAAUAAAUUUUUUAUGAAAA